AAUGCUUGGCCCGACCCCCAGUGGCACCAACGUGGGCUCCUUAGGACGCUCCCCCAGUAAAGCGGUGGCUGCCCGGGAGGCAAGUAGCACGGUCCGGCAGAGGAAAACUGCCAGCUGUGGAACAAGGAGCGCAGGCCACACAACCUCAGCAGGCACUGCGGGGGAUGUGGCGGUUCUACGCGAAGACUCACCUGGCCUCAAAGUUGGCCCUGUUAAAGUAUUGGUUAUGAGUCUUCUGUUCAUCGCUUCUGUAUUUAUGUUGCACAUUUGGGGCAAGUACACUCGUUCAUAGAUUUGGCUACAUCCAUCUAUCAUCUGAAGAAGGAGAAAAAAAAAUCAAUAUAUCUU